AUGGGAGAAGGGCGUGUUGAAGGCUCGAGAAAGGUCGCAUUGUUCCAUGCAUAUCUCGCAUUCACUCUGUUUUUGAGUUUUGUAACCACGUGCUCGAAAGUCAGGAACAGCUCAAGGAAAGCGGCAGGUGCGACUUUACGGCCGGUAAAAGCACCUCAAAAACCAAAAAAUAAGCAGUGCCUUCCAAAAGAAGCCAAGACUCAGCAAGCAUCUGCUCCUAUGAAAAGUGAUGACACUGAACAAGGAGUGCAGGUAAUAAAGAAGCAAGAGAAAAACAAAAAAGAAAAUGUUAAAGAAAUAAAAGUAGUGCAACCGCGAAAAGAAAAAACGAAGAAUCCGGUUAGUAUGAACGAAGGAACACCUAUUGAUGCUCAUCAGUUGGAGCUUCUAAAUGAAGCACAAAACAUGGAGCAUUCCAAGAAUACCGAUUAUGUGAACCCAGACUUGUGUUUCGAUGAUGUUAUUUCGGAAAAAAACAAAUAA